GAGAAACCAAAAAGUGCAGACUGCAGUAGCUGAAAGACCCUUUGACUACAAGCCACUCUCUCUCUCUCUCUCUCUCUCAUUUAAUUUCUUGGAUUCUUGAACUACAAAGAGCCUGGCAGCAACAACUCUGGAACGACCCAGAUGCUACUUUGUCCUUGUUUCUCUCUCACUCUUCCAUCUGUGCAAGCUUCUUUUUCCCAUUGAGAGUGUUCUAACUGAGAGCUCGAGUUCCUUGCUGAAGAGGGUUUGAGGAGGAGGAUGAGUGCUUCCAGGUUCAUCAAGUGCGUCACCGUCGGAGAUGGGGCUGUGGGCAAGACUUGCAUGCUCAUCUGCUACACCAGCAACAAGUUCCCAACAGAUUAUAUACCGACCGUGUUUGACAAUUUCAGUGCCAAUGUGGCUGUGGAUGGGAGCAUUGUUAACCUGGGACUUUGGGACACUGCAGGUCAGGAAGAUUACAGCAGAUUGAGGCCGUUGAGUUACAGAGGGGCAGACAUAUUUGUGUUAGCCUUUUCGCUAAUCAGUAGAGCUAGCUAUGAAAAUGUCCUAAAGAAGUGGAUGCCUGAGCUCCGGCGGUUUGCGCCUAAUGUUCCCGUCAUUCUUGUGGGAACGAAGUUAGAUCUUCGCGAGGACAGAGGGUAUUCAGCUGAUCACAUGGGAUCUAACAUCAUAACAACUGCUCAGGGAGAGGAGCUCCGCAAGCAAAUUGGUGCUGCAGCUUAUAUCGAGUGCAGCUCAAAGACUCAGCAGAAUGUUAAAGCUGUCUUUGAUACGGCAAUCAAGGUGGUUCUUCAACCUCCGAGAAGGAAAGAAAUGCCAAGUACUAGAAGGCCUCGGAGAUCAGGCUUUGCGAUUGCGAGCAUCAUGUGCGGAGGUUGUGUAGCUUAAGAUGUCUGGAGUCGAGACUGGCAACUGACCUCUCUCAGAUGGUUAGCAAAUGCUUGGCAAAUCACUUGCCAGGGAAACGGGCAGAAAGAAGAAGAUUGCCUUGACCGACUGUGUUUAGUUGUGUAGGCUGUAGCUGCUGCAAUAUUAGAAGGGGUUAGAGAGAUUACUUAGUAGUGUUUAGGAGGGAAUUGUUCAUUCUCUCACGUACUGCCUACUACUACGUUUCUUCCUGUCCAUGGCUUUACCUUAGUGCACUGUUUCUUGUCAUGUAUCGACAUGUUAUGAGAUGGAUUGGCUAUUUCUUUCGAUAUAUCGACCCCAUAAAACCCCUCUGUUAGCUCC